AUGUUCUCGAAUCUACCAUUUUGGUUGAUCAAUAUUGUAACAUUAAUCCUCCUAACUAGUCCAUUGUUUUUGCUUUUACCUUAUCUUCUCGUAUUAUUCUUUAUAUUUGUUAUUCCUCUAUUAAUUUUCUUUCUCUAUUGUUAUUUUUCUCUACAACGAUCUCAAAGUCCAAUUCAAGCGUUUGAAAAUAUCGUAAUUGCUCAUCGUGGCGGUCAUCCAUUAGUAUUAUCAAAUGAAGUUGAUGAUUUUCCUGAAAAUACCAUUGCUGCGUAUCGAUGGGCAUCGAAGAUGAAAGGUGCCAAUGGAAUCGAAUUAGAUGUUUGGUUAAGUCGCGAUCAUAUUCCUAUGGUUAGUCAUGAUGGUUAUUUGGAACAUACAUUUGCUAAUUGUCGUGAAUUUAUCUCAUCGUUAACAUGUGAACAAUUGAAACAAUUAAAAUAUUGGAAAAAAAAUAAACGAGAUAUCUAUGAUCAAAUUGGUUGUGAAACAAUCCCAACUCUAGAAGAGGUUAUCAUCUUUUUAGAACCAACGAAACUUAAAUUAAUGAUUGAAAUUAAAGAAACACGUAAAAUUUCGGAAAUGACAAAGAUUGUCAAUGAUCUCUACGUUCGAUAUCCAUAUUUGUAUGAACGUGCUUACUGUGCUGCUUUUCAUCCAUACAAUCUCUAUUCAAUUCGUCGUCUCAAUCCGCGCAUAACAACAGCAUUUCUGUUCGUGCCAGAUAUAACUAAAUAUUUAAUUCGAAACGCAAGUCAAACUCCUCAUCCGUUUCCGAAAGUUUUCAUUGACAAUGUUUUACUUCGAUGGAUCAUCGAUUCAAUAAUGAUGUGGUUCGGCACACCGACUGGUUUAAAAUUUCUCGGAGCAGAUCUAGCUUGUGUUGAACAACGGCAAGUAUCACAAAACUUCUUGGAUGAAUACAAAAAUCAACGUAUGAUUGUUUGUGCGUGGUGUGUCAAUGAACGUGAACAAUACCAAUGGUUAAGAGCAAAUGGUGUAUCGAUCAUUACUGAUACGCUUUUCGACAUCGAUGAUAAAUAA